AAAUAAAACAAUGUUUUUAAUUUGCGUAUUUGUUGAGCACGAGCCACCAUUGGAAGAAUACGGCGUGACGUCACCUGACGUAACAGGAAGUGGACUCGCGUUCUGUCAGGUGAUAUAACUCCAAAUCAUCGAAGAUGGCCUACCCUAAAUCCCACAAUCCAUUUGCAGAUGAUGACGAUGAGGAAGAUUUUAAGCCUAAAAGCAGGGGUUUUGAUGAUGACCCCGAUGAUGGGUUGACUGAAGCACAGAGUCGGCAGAGGUACCUGCAGCAGGAAGUGAUGCGCACAGCUCAGUCUGCUGUGGACAGCAGUCACCGCUCGCUGGGCCUGAUCUAUGAAUCAGAGAAGAUGGGUGUGGAGACUGCAGAAGAGCUGGUCCGUCAGGGUGAGGCUCUGAGGAGGACUGACAAGAUGCUGGACAACAUGGAUCAGGACCUCAAGACCAGCCAAACGCAUAUUAACAGUAUCAAAAGUGUAUGGGGAGGAAUUGUCAAUUAUUUUAAGAGCAAACCAGAGACGAAGCCGCCAAAUGAGGAGCCAAAGGCCUACCAGGCCAAUGAAAGGUUACAGAGCGCUCUAUCCAACAGCAGAGAAUAUGAAGACAAGUAUCAGGCCAGCCACCCCAGCCUGAGAAAACUGGAUACAUCUGGUUUUGGAGCUACUGCCUCAGUAGAAAGGAGUUCAUCCAGACAGAACGGAUACCCUCAGAACCAACACCUCAGAGAGGCUCACCAAACUCUGGACAAUAACUUGGAUGAAAUGUGUGGAGGCUUGGCAAGACUGAAAAACCUCGGACUUGGACUCCAAUCGGAAAUUGACAGCCAGGACGACUCCAUUGGUUCACUUCUAAACAAAGUGGACAAGAUGGACGUGAAGAUCAGUAGCACAAACCAACAGAUUAAAAAGCUGUAGGACUCACUCUCAGACUUUUCCAACAUGUAACGAGGUUCCACUUCUGACCCUUCUCCUCAGUUGAAUUUACUAUUUUUUUUCUUUUUUUUGAUUUUGGGAAAUCUUUUUUCACUUAUUUUUUUUUUUUUAUUGCACACUUGAUUUUCUUAAUCACAAAGUGUAAUCGACAUGUUUGUCAUUCUAGACAAAAUGUGAAAUAUUUUACAGACAAAAAGGAGAAAACUGUUGAAAAAGAGCUGUUGAUUUUGUGUUUUUAAAGUUGUUCCUGAUGUGAGGAGGGAUCUAGAAGACAACAAAGCAGCAAAUCAAGCUUAAGUCACCUUCGCCUUAUAUGUCAUUUCUUCUGUUUGGCUCCACAGUAACAUUUCAUUUGUGAAAUCUGUUCCUUAAAAUGCUUUUUUCUAUGAUUUCUUAUAACACAUUUGUUGAAACUAUGUGCUGAGCUGCCUCCAGUCUGACACAUUGUGUUUUUUCUAGUCAGUUAGUGCUGCAGCUUAUGAUUGUACAGCACAAAAAAAUCACAAAUAUUUUAGUUUUGAUUGUAAACAUAAUAGAUGAAGGAAUACCUACAAUAUUGAUCUAUUUCCCUGAUUUUUUUUUUUUUUUGCUUUUUUCCAAGACGAUAAAUCACAGUAAUGUACCAAAUUGGCCAAAAUUCAUAUGUAUAUUCAUCACAUGUUCUCAAUAAAAGCUUUAUUAAGGGACUAA